CUACGCGCCUUAUUAAUUUGUUGUUUGGUCUUGUUGUUUCUUUCUUUUUUAAUCACCCUGCUUUUGUUUUUUUUUUUCAUUAUAGCACUAAUUAUCAGCUUUUGUAAUUAUUGCGUUGUCACGCUCCCGGAUCAACAACCAACCAAAAAUUACAAAGUUAUUCCCCUUUAUCAAUCGAACAAACGCAGCAGCACGUGCGCGCCAAAAAAUCUUAACAGCAAGACCAAAAUGGAUUUCUUAUUGGAACAAAACCUUUUCACGGUAAAUGUUUGACAGAUCAUGUCACAGUCAGUUACCUUGCCUAGUUCACAGAAAUCUGGCGAACAAGGGAUUUUACGUAUUUUAAGACAAUCAGUUAAAGACUUGGGACGCUUAACUAAAGCAGAUUCUGUUGCUCAUAGAAAGGAAUCAGAUGAGUUUAAACAUGGAGAACUGAAUGAAAAUAAACCUGUCUUCGAAAAAAAGUGCACUGAUGUAUUCAAUCUCAAAGGCGUAAAUGGGCAGUCAACUAGUAAGGAAGCAGGUAUAAAGAUUGCUACAAAAGCAAUAGAACCAGAUAAAAAUGUAGAAAAUUUUCACGGGAAAGGUUUUAAAUCUGGACCAACUUUCAAAGGUUUUAGUCACAGAAAGGGUGGAAAGAACAAAACCAGAUACCAAUCAAAAGAGAAAAGAUGGACAAAUAAAGGACAGAUCAAUUUAGCAAUAAAGAAUGAAUCAAAUAGCAACAGAAAUGAAGGUGAAAUUGGCACAGGAGGACAUAAUGAAGAUAAACAAGAAUUUUUUAAAAACGUGAUAGGUGAGGUAGAAGUAGAAGUGAAGGAAGGCUUUUUGAAUAAAACCAGUGUAAGUCAAUUUGAAGAUUGGGAUAAAGAGUUGCAUACUAACAUUGAAAGUUGUAAUGUACAAAGCUUACCAGCUGAUUUGUUGAGCAGUGAGAAUUGGAUUGAUAAGUUGCAAAUUGGUUUUUCAGAUGGUUUGGAAAAUUGUUACAAAAGUGUUUCACAAACAGACAUUAAUAACAACCCUGUUGAAUUAGAUAAUGCAGAGGUUUCUUGUAAAAAUCAAGACCUAACUUGUGUGAAAAACAUAAAUUUUGUAAAAUCUGAAUCAGAACAGAUAGCAACGGAUUGUAUUACUAAUGACUUAAAAUAUGAUGUAAGUACUCAAGAAAAAACUGAACCUUUUGUGAAAGAGCUAAAGUGUAUUGAUUUGGAAACAGACCCAUUUGAAUUUAAAAAUAACAAGGAAUUUACUGCUGAUGAACAGUGUAUACCUUUUCAUAGUACUCCUAAGAAAAUAUCAACUGAGGGUUGUUCUGUGCGAGAAGUUGAAAAGGAGUUAGGUACAGAAACACAAGUAAGUGCAAGCUCAGUGCCAGUGACUGUUGAGCAGGCUAAGACACAGGUAAAAGUCAAUUUUGAGGCCUUGAUAGACAAAGUAGAGUCAGACAUCUGUUUGAAGAAGGAAGGAGACAGUUCUGAAAAUUCAAGCAGUAUGAGAAAAAGUAGAGGUUUGGCAAGAUCAUCUGAUGGAAGAGAUCAUCAGUUUAGGAACAAUCCAUCACAGCAUUUACCAUUGAUAAAAAGGAAAAAUUCCACAGAAUUUGAAACACCACCUCGUUUCAAGGCCAAUGUUGUUGAAGUUAAGAAGAUAGAACAAGCGGAUGGCAGUUUUAUGAGUGAAAAUAUUCGUGACUUUAAGCAAAACCCUUACAGAAACAGACUUUGCAGACAGGGUAUAGAAAGAAGAGGAUAUGGAAAUACAGCUUAUCAUGAUUAUCAGUCAAAAAAUUAUUCAAGAAAUUUUGAACGAGCUAGACAUGCGCAAGAAUGUAGAAAGUAUGUUCAUCAGAAAGUUCAUUUGGACAGUGACAGUUGUAUGAUUUCAUUACUAGACUCAAAUGUAAAAACACCAGAAAAGUUCAAAUCCUCAUGGAACGGUUCUAGAGAAAGGGGCAUUGAUCAAACAAAUAAGAGCCUGUGGAAGAUACCAGUCUCAGAAGACUGGACUUCAGAGUUGGAAGCUACAAAUGAUGAACCAAGUUUAAAUGUUGAUGUUACUAAAAGUUUAUCUGAAAAUGAGAGAAGAAAAGAUGAAUAUAUAGAAAGAACAAAUGAAGAUCUGCAACAUGAAAGACAGGAAAGAGAAUAUGAAACUGAAAAAGUUGAAGAAUACUUUGAUAAAGAACAAAAACAUACUUCUAAAGAAGAGAAUUUAUCAAAAAGAGGAAUUGUAGACAAUGACAACCAUGUAGUGCCCUAUCUCCCACCAUCACCACCAGUGUGUUGGCCAGAAAAAGAAAUUACAGUGAAAGAAGAAAGUGCCCGACAGAAAGAAAUUUCAGUGGAGGAAGAAAAACCAACGAAGAAAGAAAUUCCAUUUGAAGCAGAAAGUUCACUGAGAAAAGAUACUGCAGUUAUGGAAAAAAUUUCAUUAAAAAGUGAAAUUCAGAGUGUUCAAGACAGUUCAGAAGAUCAGUGUAAUGAUACUUCUUGCUUAGGAAUGAAUGAUGAUUUAUCAAAUGAGAAAUUGGCUGCUUCACAAACACAGGCACUCUAUCUACCACCUGUACCUCUAGAAGUUAUCGAGUCAGGAGAUGAAAUCAGUUGGACCAAUGAAAACUAUGGGAAAUAUUCAACUAUUGAUGAAAGUGAGAUCAUUGAUGAAAACUCUAAUAAGGGUAUCAUUAAUUUGAAAUCUGAAGAAGAGAAUAGACCUAGUGACUCUGUUCAAACUGAGACAAGCAGAGAAUUAAAUUAUGAUAACAAAUUCAUUGCAAUUGGUCGGAAUAAACCAGGAGACUCCGAGGAACAUGUCAGUGCAGAGCAAGAUGAUGAUCACUUGGGUGUAAGCAUUCCUGAAAAUACUGCAUCUGCUAUUGGUAAUGAGAAUAAUGAUGACAUUUGGAAAGGUAGUGAAGGCUUAGGUAGGAAAGAUGUAGCUGAAGAUAGUAGUUCAUUAAGCUCAAUUUACGCAAGAAGAGAUGGUGCUUGUGUUUAUUCUGGCAAUGGAAAUAUGACAAGUGAGGCAGAUGUUUCAGAUUUGCCAUUUGAUGAAAGUAAAGCUUGGGAGAACGAUGGAAGUGGUGGUUUCUGUUGUGAUAAAUCAGUUGAGGAAGGGGUGGAUUUUGAAUCUGGAAAUUUGAAUACUGAAGUAGAACAAACAGGUUAUGAAGAAUACAGACAAACCUAUGAACAGUAUGCAAGAUACUGGUACAAGCAGAAUGCCAUGAAUGCAGAUUACUUACAGAAAGGACAGUUUGGUCCAUGGCACCCAAACUACCCAUACAACUAUGAAGCAUAUCGCAGAUGGUGUGAGCAUAUUCAGAUGAAUUAUUAUUGGGAGAUGUAUAACAGACAAAUGCAGUGUGGUAGUCAGAUGCCUUAUUAUUGGUGUGCUGAACCAUACUCAUGUCAAGAUGAAAACAUGGAAAUGGAAAAUCAUAAUGUUGGAAAUGCAGUAGGAGAUAAACUUGCUGGAACUGGAGAAGAAAUAGACACCAAAAUUGCAGAAAAUAGAAAAGACAGUAGAAAGGCGGGUCAGAGUCUUAAAAACGGUCAUCAAGGAAAGACAAAACAGAUAGACAGUUCGAAAGAUCUCUUGGAAAAUCCUGAAGGCAUAAACUUAAUACCAGAUUACUGGUGUGAACGGAUGCAUCAGUGGGUGAAUCAGAGUCCUGAAGUAACGAAUAAGCAUGACCUUGUAGAUACGUUUUCUUUAUCUGAAUGUAGCUCUGAACAGAUUAAAACAGAUCUAGGAAAGGUAGAGCCAGUAGAAUCUACAGGGAGUGUUCUAGAUAAUAGCAAGAUGAAAACUGCACAGUCUGUACAAAAGUCGAGCUCAAGUUGUUGUGACAAAAUUGUUAAGUCAAAAGAUAUGGGAAUUGAAAAGACCAAUCUUAAAACCAUAGAAAAUGACAAGGAUACCAAGGUAGAACCAAAAUGUACAUGCAAACCUUCUCAGGUGCAGUUCAUGCUAUGGAGAAGUUGUGAAUGUGAGGCCGGCAAGCCAACCAGAUUGCACAAGAUCCUGUCUCCUGGCACAGUUGAGCCAAGUUUUGAUUUGGGGUACCAGUCAUAUGAAUCAUUAGAACAUGACGAAUCUUCUGUGAGUAAACAAGUGGAUGGUAAAGCUCCUGGAUUUGUGAUACAGCCUUUAUGUUCGACUCCUACCACACAGAACAGUGACAUUGAAUUGUCGAAAAACAAGAAAGUUUACAGUGAAAGGUCUGAUGUUUGUGAAAAAGUGGGAGAAAAUUCUGUUAGAAACACUGAUAUAGUCCGUCCACCACCUGGAUUUGAAGGAGUGGUCUACUCAGCCCAAACAGAGAAGAAAACAGGUAUGGAAGAUUCUGACUUCCAGAGUAGGUCACACCUAGACACUAAUAGGCUAACUCUCAGCCAAUUAGAGAAUAGUUCACACCAGAAAAUGUCAUCUCAGCAGCCAUCUCUAAAGAGUUUGAUACAGCUACAGAAUGAGAAGUUUGGGUAUGAAUGUCAUGAUUCUUCUGGUGGCAAAAAUGAAACAAUUAAUAAAAAAGAACACACCAUGUUUCCAAAUGUUAAUAAUAACAAUGAAGCAUCCCUGGACAUGAAUAAUCAGUACUGUAAGUUGCCCACUUGUCUUAGCAAUGCAGCACAGCACCUUUCUAAGGCUAGCUCUGCUAUUGAAAGAGCUUCAGUAGCAGAAAGGAUUCAGGACAAUCUGAUAGCUACGUUAGGGUCAGCAAUUGAUAAGAAAAUUACUGAAAAUCAACAAGCGAUAGAAAGAAAUUGUACUCUAGAAGGAUUUCAGGGACAGGGCAACAACUUCAGAGAGGGUGAAAAUAUUGAAAAUACUUUAGGAAGUACAAACAAAGAAAAGAAGGAAAACAAAAAAAGCGAAACAUCUGUCAUGGAAAUGAGACCAUUGAGAUCUGAUUCUAGGGAAAAAGGAAAAGUAUUGAAAAAUUUUGAGGUAGAUGUAAAUAAAAUGCCCAUGAGAGGUGAAAAUAGAAUGACUAGCUUUGUGUUUGAAGACAAUCAAUCUUUUGGAAGAAAGACUUCAGCAAAAGAACAUGCUGCAGAUCAAAGUUUAAGACUAUACAAUUAUGAAUCAAGUUCAGGAGAUUGUAGUGAAACUAGUGGUGACGAAAAUAUCAAAUUUGCUGCUUUUUCCCAGUCCCCACAAAUAUCAGAUAAUGAGGAAUGGACUAGCAGGACUUCAGUAAUGGUUGGAAAGCUAUGUGAUUAUUCAGGAAGUUCUGAAAUUCACAAAGACAAUAAUGUCAGAAGAAUAAGGAAUGAAUUACCAUCAUAUGACAUCGAUGAUUGUGAAAUUCCUGUAAAUGAAAUGAUGGAAAGUAAGAGAGAGAAGGUAGCAGUGAGUUCAGGGCAGUUUGAUAGAGCAGAGCAGGAAGAUGCAAAUAGACCAAGAAUGUUGUGCCGACCUAGGUCACCUUACUCAGUACAUCCACCUCCCUACAGAGGUGGAGCUUAUCGUCCACGGUUAAGGCCUUUCUCACAUAUGGAACAAUGGCCCAUGGAUCCAAGGAUUCUUUCUAUGCCCCCACCACCUCCUCCACUACAGUGGCCUCCCCCAUCAACAGUUUACCAGAUGUUCGGUCGUGGAUUUGCAUAUGGACCAAACACACCCUGGGAAUCCCCACCAGGACCAGUUUACAAUGAACCUCCAACAGACUACAGAAUGUAUGAGGAAGAAAAUGCGAAAGCUUAUGCAAGGUUUCCCCAACCUGCUCCAUAUUGCCAUUCAACAGACAGAGAUGGAUCUACAGUUCCAACAAAUCACAGUCCUAUUGAUGAAAAAAAUAAACCUAGUGCAACUCCCAAGGCAAGAAGUUCCAUAAAAAUUGUUGACUAUGGCUCGAGUGACGACAGCUCAUCUGAAAUAGAACCUUUUGAUGUAAACAUUUUAUGUAAAACAGAAGAGGAAAUCAAUUCAAAAUAUGGCAACCAGUUGAAGCACACUCCAAAGAAACUGAAAAAGGAUAGAGAUGAUGACAGUUCAUCUAUAGAUUCUGCAGAUAACAAUCAGAAGGAAAGUAGGACUAAGCUGUAUGGAAAAUCCACAGCUGCUGUUAAACUAAGUAGAGGACAUACUAAAACACUGAAACAAAAGUCACUGAAGUCUUUCUCCUCAAAUGAAAGGCAGCCCCCAAAGAAAAUGUUACAUGAUCAUACUAAGAAAAGAACUUUAUCUGGAAUUAUAGCAGAAACAGCAGGCAAGGCAUUGAAGUCAGAGGGAAGAUUAGAUAGUGAUCAGGUAGAUGCCAUAGCUCAGGAGUUUCCUGCCCUUGGUUCAGAACAAGAAAAGCAAUUACCUCCCUUUCCACCAUUGCCACCUGUUGGAAAUAGCCCGUUCUGGAUGUAUACACCAAGAAGUCGCCCUGCUUUGAAUGGUAAAAAUGAAGAAAAUGAAUAUAAUAAUUCAAAAUCUGUAAGCUCUUCUGCUGUUCAACCACAUAGAAAGAGGCUGCCAGAAAGUCCAACAAGUAGAUACUUAUUCUCCCCGGGUCAGGCUUCGGGAUUUUAUUCACCAUCAGAGACAGAUAGCGAGGCAACAUCCAUCCGUAGUGACUGGAAAACAAAUUUUAAACUGUUUCACAAUUUCGGUGUGGAGUAUAUUGAUACACAUUGUCAUCUGGACUUCCUGUUCUCUAGAGAAGGUUUCAAGGGAAGCUUCAAGGCAUACAUGGAUAAACAUUUGGAAACAUUUCCAGACAUGUUUAAAGGCUGUGUGGCAGUUUUCUGUAACCCUAAUACCUUCACACCAAGUGGUGGGUUAUGGUUAGACGUUGCCAAGGAACCCAAUGUUUGGAUAGCUAUGGGAUGUCAUCCAAAAAUGGCUACAGACUUCACAGCUGCAGCUGAGUUAGGGUUGAAGAAAUGUCUACGUCACAGCAAGUGUAUAGCCCUGGGAGAAAUAGGACUAGAUUACUCUGGAACGUUUUAUCAGCAUGCGGAGGUACAGAAACAAGUGUUCCGUCGACAGCUAAAGAUGGCUUUAGAUCUAGAGAAGGUUCUUGUUAUACAUUGUAGACAGGCAGAAAGUGACUGUCUCGAAAUUAUGAAAGAGAUGGUACCAAGAAAUUGGAAAAUACACUGUCACUGUUUCACCAAUGAGUACAAGAAUGCCAAACUGUGGAUAGAUGCAUUCCCAAACUUGUUCAUUGGAGUUACUCCCCUUGUCACAUACAGAACAGCCAAGCCAACUCAUGAUCUGGCUCGUAACAUUCCUAUCAACAAACUGUUGCUCGAGACAGAUGCUCCAUACUUCGUACCAAGAUGUAUACCAAAAGAGGACCUUCCAUUGUCAAACCCUGGAUUGGCAGUAACGGUAGCAAAGGAGAUAGCUCAGUACCAGGAACUUACUGUGGCAGCAGUGCUAAGACAGUGCCGGCUGAACACAAAGUUCAUGUAUGGUAUAUAGUGCUUUACCAGUAGGAUGCAGGAUACAUGAUAACACGCCAGCUUACUGCAUGGUAUAUAUAGACAAUUACGAAGCAGUUUUUCAUGUCUAUGAAAUAUGGAGCGUAGUGAUAACAUCCGAGAACAGAUAUUCCAUAUUUAACUUUAAGAGGGAAAAUUAGGUAACUUGACAGAAAUAAGUAUUUGUGGUAAAGUUAAUGUAUAUAAGUUGUAAGAGUAAUCUAUGGUCAAAAGUCAUAAAGUGAAAUAAUUGUGUGGUAAUUUUUGGUGCAGUAUGACAUUCAGUUUUGAAAAAAAAAACACUGAUAAAUAUGUUAUUGUUGGUUUAAAGAAAAUGUUAAAUUGAAAGACCAUGACUUUUUCCGAAGUUUGUUCUUUAUUAUUUAUAUUGCAUAGUAUACUUGCAUUAAAGUUAAUUUUUUGCAUCAUUUGAAAGAAAUGAAAACAAGUUAUAGGACCAAAAAAAUCCAGUAAGUACCAAUAUUUUUACAUGGCACAAGUAUAUAUCUAAAAUAGGUUUCCUACUUGUGACAUGCUUUGGAAAAUUCACAUUUAAACUAGAUUGCUUACUGAACAUAUUUGAAAAGUGUGUGUCAAUUUUCUUUAACCCUUCUUUUGCAAGCAUCAGAUUUAACAUUAAAAGUAUAAGAUACUGCUUUCACACUGCUCUAUGGAAAUAAUUUUCUCCAGAUAAUGUAAAUAAAUGUUUUCGAAAAUGUGAAUGGAAGAUUGACAUUUUGCUGUCUUGGAAAAAUUGUGGGAUAAGACAUUUGAGCUGCACCAUGAGAAAACCAACAUAGUGCGUUGGAUGGAUUCAGACUAGCCUGCACAACCGCGCAGUCUGGUCAGGAUCCAUGCUGUUCGCUAACAGUUUCUCUAAUUGCAAUAGGCUUUGAAAGCGUACAGCAUGGAUCCUGACCAGACUGCGCAAUGCGCAGGCUGGUCAGGAUCCAUGCUGGUCGCAAACGUUCUAUGUUGGUUUUCUCAUGGCGCGGCUCAUUUCUUUCUUUCGUGAAAGUGAAGUUCUCAUAAAUAUAAUUUGUAUUUACAAUUUAAUCUUAAGAAUAUAUUUCUAAUAAUUUGAUUUGAAUUUGUUACUUGUAAAAUUUCCUGUGCAAUGAUUUAACAAAGUUACAAUGGAAAAAAAAAAAACACAAGAAAACUGACUGUACAUGUGAUGGUGAAAAUGUAUUUAAUGAUAUGUGCUAUGUUUCUGGUUUUAAUGGAAAUGCUUGGAAAAAGUGGUCGAAAGUCAAAAAUGUACUGUGGUUUUGCAUUUUUGUCACAAUAAAAGGGUGAUAUACUUGGAAUUUAAUAUAUUUUAGUUGUUCAAGUAACAUAAUAUAGUCAGUACUUUAGUUAUUAAUUCUAGUCAUGUUUGUUUUAAUUGUCUGAUUUUCAACUGAGAAGUUACUUCUUUUUUUCUUUUUUUUGAUGUUUUCAUAUAUUUAAUUUUAGAUGCGAAACUGUACUUCACAUGCUUUAAAGAUACUUGGGAGUUGUUAAUAUGCCAUGAUUAGAUUGAUAUAGACCCAUCAUAUGUAUUGUUGUCUCUCAUUUGAACUUUGUCUCGGAUUUUAAAAAUAAUUCAAAUCCAUGUAAAAUAAUUGGUAGGUUUCUUUUACAAUCUCUUUAAUGUGGUUCAAAAUCUUUCUUUUUUUUCUCCUAAUUUUAGGGUCUUAUAUCAGCAUUUUAGCAAUUAGUGAACUCUUUGGUACAAGGGCUGUGCAUGCAACUUUUAAAAAGUCAAUGGAUAAUUAACUAGAAAUAGAUUUAAAUGGCUUUACAAUUGAUGUAGGAGUUAAUAUAGAUUGAAGAGGUGUGUUCAUAGGAGUCAUGUCUAGGCAAGAUUUUGUGCAGGGCUUCGGAAAUUUGCCGGUUUGUCGGUUUUGGACCGAUUUUUGACUUUUCAGACCGAUUCGUGAAGUGAAAAAAAACGAAAAAAAUCGGUCCCGUAAAAAUGGAGAAAAGUAUAAAUUUCGGUUUGAUAUCUCAAUACACGAUCACCUGCCAAGUAGGAAAUUGUUGGUCUCACCUUCAGAUAAUCAAUAAACGUGUCAAUCGGUCUGGUUGUCACUUUGAUAAUCGGUCCGUAAUUAGCGCGUGACACAAUCAGUGCUCGCGCGGCACAUCCUUUAAUGUUUGCAGACAGCCGACUGCGGUGUAUUUAACAUUUUUGACUGGUUUCCUAACAUUUCUGACUGGUUUCCUAACGUUUCUGACUGGAUCCAAAUCAUUUCGACGGGGAUCCACUUCUUUUAUUUAGGAUCCGACGGAUGGUUUAUUUCAAAAGGCUAUGUUUGAUCACGGUAACAAACAAAUGGUCGCUGCAUUUAAUCAAAGAGCUAUAAUUGUACAUUAUAGGUCUUUGAUUUAAUGAGACAUCACACGGAAAACCGAUAAAAAUAAUUUUUAUAAUUACUUGAUUUGAAAAAAUUACAUGUUUCAUUUGUUGGGGCUCUAGUUGAAACAAAUGCAGAAAAUCGUCUUUGCAACCCGACUGUACAAAAAAGAAAAAAAAAUGGACGGGCAACCACGAAUGAUAAAGAAAACCGGAGUGGCACUGUUUAUCAAAUCGGUCUUUUAAAAAACGUUUCAAAAUGAAAUUUUGUUUACAUCAGAAGAGAACAUAUAACUUUAUAAAAUGUAGUUGCUUGUUGAAGUACAACGUAAGUGAAAUGAAAUAUCCGUGGCCAACCCGCGUGACGUUUUGGCACUAUACAUGCGGGAAAUUCGAUCUCAGCGUUCAAAUAACGUACACAUUCGGUCCGCGGCAGAGUAUUCUUUAAAUACUGAGGCUGUUUAGCAGAGAAUAUGUGUCGUGUAACUCACUUUGACGCAUUGUAUUUUAUAGAAUUCCGUCAAAGAAUGAGGAAACAUCACAAAGUAUCUGCCGUGUAUACGGUAUCGAAGUCACGUGCAUUGGCUUUUAGUCUAGUUACGCACACGGUGUCAAUGCCUCGUAUUAAUCUCGUGAAAACAUCGAAAUUUAAACAAAGUAACGAUCACACAUAACACUGAAUAACUGUCUUCAUUGUAUGGUAACGCGCGGUGACUGGUAACUCAGUUUUAAUGCAUAACAUGCUUAUUUCUUUACCCUAUCACGUUUUACAAAAUAUGUAAUAUUGGGAAUGCGGUUGGUGGGGUAGCGCCGAUGUCAGGAUUUUCGUUUCGGACCGAUUGAGUUAUCAAAAUUUCCGGAGCCCUGAUUUUGUGUAAGUGAAAAAUUUAGUGCUUAAUUUUAGAACUUUUGUUUUUUGCUCACCUGUCACAUAGUGACAAGGUGAGCUUUUGUGACCACCCUUCGUCAGUCUGAGCGUCUGUCAAAAAUUUCUUGUCUGCACGAUAGUGGUUUCAUUUAUGAUUUUAUUUUAACCAAACUUGCACACAACUUGUAUCACCGUAAGGUCUCGGUUCCUUUCUUGAACUGGCCAGAUCCCAUUAUGGGUUCCAGAGUUAUGGCCCCUGAAAGGACCAAAAUUAACUAUUUUGACCUUGUCUGCACAAUAGCAGGUUUAUUUUAUGAUCUGAUCAUCAAGACCAACAUUCUGACUAAAUUUCAUAAAUCUUGUCUGCACAAUAGCAGCUUCAUUUAUGAUUUGAAUUUAAUUAAACUUGCACAAAACUUGUAUCACCAUAAGAUCUUGGUUCCUUUCUUGAACCAGCCAGAUCAUAUAAUGGGUUCCAGAGUUAUGGCCCCUGAAAGGGCCAAAAUUAGCUGUUUUGACCUUGUCUGCGCAAUAAUAAUUUUGUUUGAAGUAACUUUAAGAAAAUUUCAACUAUAUUUCCUCAUAAUUCUUUUGAUUGUUCUUGAUCAUGAUUUUUAGCUCAUCUGAUUUUUUGAAAAAAAUUGAUGAGUUAUUGUCAUCACUUGAGCGGUUGUUGGCGUCGGCGUCAGCGUUGCCUGGUUAAGUUUUAUGUUUAGGUCAGCUUUUCUCCUAAACCAUCAAAGCUAUUGCUUUGAAACUUGGAAUACUUGUUCACCAUCAUAAGCUGACCCUGUAUAGCAAGAAACAUAACUCCAUCUUGCUUUUUGCAAGAUUUAUGGCCCCUUUUGUACUUAGAAAAUAUCAGAUUUCUUGGUUAAGUUUUAUGUUUAGGUCAGCUUUUCUCCUAAACUAUCAAAGCUAUUGCUUUGAAACUUGGAAUACUUGUUCACCAUCAUAAGCUGACCCUGUACAUCAAGAAACAUAACUCCAUCUUGCUUUUUGCAAGAUUUAUUGCCCCUUUUGGACUUAGAAAAUCAGUUUUCUUGGUUAAGUUUUAUGUUUAGGUCAGCUUUUAUCCUAAACUAUCAAAGCUAUUGCUUUAAAACUUGCAACACUUGUUCACCAUCAUAAGUAGACCCUGUACAGCAAGAAACAUAACUCCAUCCUGCUUUUUGCAAGAUUUAUGGCCCCUUUUGGACUUGAAGGUUAAAGGUUUUUGGCAACCUUUGUUUUUCUGUCAUAUCUUUGUUACUGUUGCUUAUAUCUUACUGUAACUUCACAUAAACAUUAUUCAGCAUACAAGCAAAGUAUGUGCAGGGGCUGGGCCCAUUAUAUCCAAGGUCAAGAUCACCAAGUUAUUAUACUUGGAAUUAUUUUCGUGUUAAAUUUUUUCGAAAGCUUCGUUUAUAAACAUAUCUAUGGUACUUCAAAAGAUAAUGACUUGAAAUUAAAAUUAUUUCUUUAUAAUCAUCAUCUGCAUGUGUGGUUACAAACCCCAUAACUCUAAUUGUAUUUUUGACAGAAUUAUGCCCCUUUCAUACUUAAAGUUUUUUUGGCAAUCUUUGCUUUCUGGAUAUAACUUUAGUACAGUAAAAGAUAAUGACUUGAAACUUAAAAUGUAUCUUUAUCAUCAUCAUCUGCAUGUGUGGUAACAAUCCCCAUAACUCUGAUUUGUAUUUUUGACCAAAUUAUGCUCCUUUCAUAUUUAAAUUUUUUGACAAACUUCGUUUUCUGGACAACUUUGGUACUAUAUAAGAUAAUGACUUGAAACUCAAAAUAUAUCUUUAUCAUCAUUAUCAUCAUCUUGGUGUAUCUUCCUUUCGAAGUAGAGGUCUCUUAUUGAGACAUUAAUUCAUUUUACUGCCGAAUGGCCGAAUAGUGGAGUGCGCUGUCUUAAGGACAGCUCUUGUUAUUCUUCAUAAAUGUAAAAAGUAAAACAAUUCUUUUAGCAGUGUUAUAAAUAUGUGGGAAUAAUGUAUGGUGAACUUCAACUGGGUAUGCAAUUGUAUAAUACUUUUAUCUGAUAUAGUCAAGUUUAUGAUGUGACAAAACAAGUAGAAAUAUCUGGCUUUUAUAAUCUACUUCAUAGACUGUUGAUUGCCUUACAUUUACAGUCUGUUCGAUAACUAGUGAUUCUUAUUAUUUGUCUUAGUUUGGAAGUUUGAUGUUAUUUUUAAAAAAAAAAAAAGGUUGUGAAAAUACUCAUUCCUAUCAUCAGUAUUAAUGUAUUUUGGCCAAGUAUUUUACAUAACUGUUUUUUGUGUUCAGUUAAAUAAAUAAUUUCAAGAAAAUAAAUUUUUUAUGAUUUUGUUCUUUUUUCCCCGUAUUAACUGCCUACCAGUCUUUGACAUAGC